AUGACGGUGAACAACUCACCCAGUACAAGAGUUGGAGAUAUUGAACAUAUAAGUCACCUGUCUGAACAUAUUGGUUCACUAUGUCUGUCAUCAGAAUACUCAGAUGUGACGCUAAUAGUGGAAGGACAGCGUAUCCCUGCCCACAAGGUUAUACUUGCGGCAAGCAGUGACUACUUUAGAGCUUUGUUGUAUGGAGGAAUGAGAGAGGCCAAUCAGGCUGAAGUUGAGUUGCAAGCACCUCUGCAGGCUUUCAAGGCACUUCUUAGAUAUGUUUAUUCCGGUCACAUGGGCUUGUCUGUGCUCCGUGAGGACACCGUGCUGGACAUGUUAGGCCUGGCGCACCAGUUCAACUUCCAGGAGCUGGAGGCCGCCAUCUCCGACUAUUUGCGGCAGGUGCUCGCUCUACGGAAUGUCUGCGCCGUGCUGGACGCGGCAAGACUCUAUGGCCUGGAAGCAUUGAUGGACUACUGCUACAACUUCUUGGAUAGAAAUGCCACAGAAGUCCUUCAGCAUGAUUCAUUUUUGCAACUGUCUGUUGAGGCACUUCAAGGUCUACUUGAACGUGACUCAUUCUUCGCGCCAGAGGUGGACAUCUUCAAAGCGGUGUGCAGCUGGUUCAACGCGAACCAGCAGUGGGUCAAGUCAGCGAGUGGAAUGAUGCAAGUUGAAAAGAUCCUGAAGUGCGUGCGCCUGACGCUGAUGAGCCUGGAGGAGCUGCUGACGGUGGUGCGUCCCUUCUCGUUGGUGACGCCCGACAUGCUGCUGGACGCCAUACAGGAGAAGACGCAGACCAAGAGCACCGAGCUGCGCCACCGCGGGAUGCUGCUGCCGGAGGAGAACGUGGCGACGCCGAAGCGGGGCGCGCGCGUGCUGAGCGGCGACAUGCGGUCGGCGCUGCUCGACGGCGACACGGACACGUACGACAUGGAGCGCGGCUACACGCGGCACACGAUCAGCGACGCGGCCGACAACCCCGGCAUCCUGGUGCGCCUCGCCACCACCACCAUCCUCAACCACAUCCGGCUGCUGCUCUGGGACCGCGACAACAGGUCGUACGCGUACUACAUCGAGGUGUCCGUCGACCAGAAGGACUGGGUGCGUGUGAUCGACCACAGCACCUACUUUUGCCGCUCGUGGCAGAACCUGUACUUUGAGCCCAGGGUUGUGCAGUACAUCAAGCUGGUCGGCACCAGCAACACCGUCAACAGGGUGUUCCACGCAGUGGCGCUGGAGGCGAUGUACACCGCCCGCGUGCCGCCGCUCUGCAACGGGCUCGUGCAGCCCACGCACAACGUAGCCACCGUGGAGCUGUCGGCGGUCGUCAUGGAGGGCAUCAGCCGUUCGCGCAACGCCUUGCUGAACGGGGACACGGAGCACUACGACUGGGAGCAGGGCUACACUUGCCACCAGCUCGGCUCAGGCGCGAUAGUGGUGCAGCUUGCGCAGCCCUACAUGCUCUCCUCCAUCCGGAUGCUGCUGUGGGACUGCGACUACCGCCACUACUCGUUCUACGUGGAGACCUCGCUCAACUACUGGACCUGGGAAAUGGUCGCCGACCGCACGAGGGACCACUGCAGGUCCUGGCAGGUGAUUUACUUCUCGCCAAGGCCCGUCUCCAUCAUACGCAUCGUCGGCACGCACAACUCUGUCAAUGAGGUGUUUCACCUGGUGCACCUGGAGUGCCCCGCGCAGGUGGAGGAGGUGCGCGACGACCCCGGUGCCAAGAAGCAGCGCAACGAACGCAACGAACGCAGCGAACGCAACGAACGCAACGAACGCAGCGAACGCACCGAACGCAGCGAACGCAACGAACGCAGCGAACGCAACGAACGUCGUGACCGUGGCGAGCGCGAUUACGCGCGUGCCCAUUCCUCUGGUGGCAGCAUGAGUCCAGAGCGCGGUAGGGCCGCAUCGCCCGCUGGCUCGGCCCAGUCUGCUGGCUCGGCGCAGUCUGCUGGCUCAUUAGGUUCAGCCGGCUCGGCUGGCUCAGCUGGCUCGACCAGUUCGCGGCGUAGCAUACCGCCCGCGGAGACAGCCAAGGAAGCGGCCGAGGGCUACGAGGAA